GCUUCCUCCUCGUGGUGGCCGCAGCGUCCUAAGCAGCCUGCGCUCCCUCCGCGGACCAUGUCGCGGCUCAGCUGGGGCUACGGCGAGCACAACGGUCCUAUUCAUUGGAAUAAAUUUUUCCCUGUUGCUGAUGGUGAUCAGCAAUCUCCUAUUGAGAUUAAAACCAAAGAAGUGAAAUACGACUCUUCCCUCCGACCUCUGAGCAUCAAGUAUGACCCCAGCUCAGCUAAAAUCAUCAGCAACAGUGGCCACUCCUUCAGUGUUGACUUUGACGACACAGAAGACAAAUCAGUUCUGUGUGGGGGUCCUCUCACUGGGAGCUACCGGUUACGACAGUUCCACCUUCACUGGGGGGCAGCUGAUGACCACGGUUCUGAGCACAUGGUGGACGGAGUGAGGUAUGCCGCGGAGCUCCAUGUUGUGCACUGGAAUUCGGACAAAUAUCCCAGCUUUGUUGAGGCAGCUCAUGAGCCUGAUGGACUAGCUGUCUUGGGAAUAUUUUUACAGAUUGGCGAACACAAUCCCCAGCUGCAAAAGAUUACUGAUAUUUUGGAUUCCAUUAAAGAAAAGGGAAAACAAACUCGAUUCACAAAUUUUGACCCAUUGUCUCUUCUUCCCCCAUCCUGGGAAUACUGGACGUAUCCUGGUUCUCUGACAGUUCCUCCUCUUCUUGAGAGUGUCACGUGGAUUGUUUUAAAACAGCCUAUAAAUAUCAGCUCUCAACAGCUAGCCAAAUUCCGCAGCCUCCUGUGCACAGCAGAGGGAGAAGAAGCAGCUUUUCUGCUGAGCAACCAUCGCCCACCUCAGCCUCUGAAGGGCCGCAAAGUGAGAGCCUCAUUUCACUAAUGGCUGUCAUCGGGGGACACAACGCCGUUGAGUAGAGGGACAGCGCAAGACAAAACACAAAAGCCCCCAUAACAGCACUGCUCUGGAAUGCUAACUUAUGGGUACCAUUUUGCUAUCAGCUUCAACACCAUGAAGAAAACUAGAUCGCUUUAGUUAAACUAAGCUCAUCUGCCCCAGAUUUGCACUUAUGAAUAUUCAGGCACUAAACGUUGUCUUUUGUGUAUUAAAAUACAUGAAAACUAUCUACUCCAAUCGUUGUGAAAAUGUGGCUGGCCACACAAAUCUCAGAAUGUGCUAAAAGUUCUAGCUUACUGUAUGUUGACUGUGU